AUGGCCCGGCCGGUGCAGCUGGCGCCGGGCUCGCUGGCGCUGGUGCUGUGCAGGCUGGAGGCGCAGGAGGCGGCGGCGGGCGCGGAGGAGCCUGGCGGGCGCGCGGUCUUCCGCGCCUUCCGCCGCGCCAACGCGCGCUGCUUCUGGAACUCGCGGCUGGCGCGCGCCGCCUCGCGGCUGGCUUUCCAGGGCUGGCUGCGGCGCGGGGUGCUGCUGGUGCACGCGCCUCCCGCCAGCCUGCAGGUGCUGCGCGACGCCUGGUGCCGCCGGGCGCUGCGCCCCCCGCGCGGCUUCCGCAUCCGGGCGGUGGGAGAUGUCUUUCCAGUGCAAAUGAAUCCAAUAGCUCAAUCUCAGUUUAUACCUUUGGCUGAAGUUCUUUGCUGUGCUGUAUCUGAUAUGAAUGCUGCCCAGAUUGUGGUGACACAGGAAUCACUGUUGGAGCAUUUGAUGAAACACUACCCAGGCAUUGCAAUUCCAUCUCAAGAUAUUCUCUAUACCACUCUGGGAACUCUGAUUAAAGAAAGGAAGAUUUAUCACACUGGAGAGGGAUACUUCAUAGUCACCCCUCAGACUUACUUCAUCACAAAUACAACCCCUCAAGAAAAUAAGAGAGACCUAUCAGAUGAAAGUCACCCAGUGCCAACUUGCAUUAGGUAUCUGGACACAGAGUCUGGCAUCUAAUAAUUCAGUCAUUUUGGAUGGACUAAAAAGAAGACAGAAUUUUCUGCAGAACUUUGAAGGCACAAAGAGUGGUCAAACACUCACA